CAACAUUGUUCUUUGACAUUAACGGUUAACAUCGUUUCGAAUGUUUUGCUUUUGCUUUAAAUAACUUUCAUCGUGUUUCAAGUUUUUAAGUAUUUCUUUUAUACCAUAAUUAGUGAUGAAUCAUGAGAAUCAAUUUUUGACUGAUUUACGGUAAUAAAAAUAACCAUGGGAAACGAUACUGGAGAAACAUUUAUUGGAAAAAUCGACGACUAUAUAUUGGUUUUAGGUGAUACAGAUGUCCGCAAAACUGGACAGGAAAUGGAUAUUAUAAGAGAAAGGACUGUAGCUUACGAGUAUCUUUGUCGACUUGAAGAAGCUAAAACUUGGAUGGAGGCAUGUUUGAAAGAGAAACUUCCUCACCCUGUAGAGUUUGAAGAAUGUCUUCGUAACGGGGUUUAUUUGGCUAAAUUAGGAAAUUUCAUAUCUCCUGAAUUAUUGCCUUUAAAUAAAAUCUAUGAUAUUGAUCAGAGGCGAUAUAAGAUAAUGGGUUUACAAUUUAAACAUACUGACAACAUAAAUAAGUUUUUACAAGUGCUAAAGAGGACAGAGCUGCCUGUGACUUUUCAGCCAGAGACCACAGAUAUUUAUGACAAAAAGAAUAUGCCAAGGGUGAUAUAUUGUAUACAUGCACUUAGUUCACAUUUAUUCAAGCUUGGAAAAGCUCCACUUAUACAUGAUGUGUUUGGAAAAGCAGUAUUCACAGAUGAACAAUUGGAUUCAGUAUCGAAAGAUUUACAAAAUUGUAAACAUCCUCUUCCAAUGUUCCAAAAAAUUGGUGGCAUCCUUUCAAGAAACAAUGUGGAUAAUAAUACAAUAUUAAAUGAUGCUGUCGUUGAACUGAAUAAUUUAUUAGACACAGAAAAACCAAUCACCACAGCUAUACUAAAUCCAAGUCUAAAACUCAAAUAUGUACAAAAUCAACUUAUAGAGGUAUAUAAGGAAGUUUUAAAAAAUGCAAAACAUGAGAAAAUCCAGGUGGCACUCAACCAUUCCCUAAACGAAAGUUAUGUGCCAGAUGAUUUUGACGAAAUGUUGACUGUUGUUGAAAUUCAAGGUCAUAUAACUGCAACGAAUUUCAGAUAUUUAUGGAAAAAGUUAUGUUCAGCAUGUCAGCAUAAUGAUAUAAGCAGUUUGCAUAAGACAUUCAACGAGGAGUGGGUUAAAAUCAACAAUUACGAAUAUAGUAAUUUAGAUUUUUACUGUGAUGUUGUGAAAGAAAUUAUCGAAAGUAACAAAGAUAUAGAUGUGGAGAGUGUGACAAAUUGGCACAAGAUAUUUCAAAAUAUCAUCAACGAAGGGAAUAGAAAAGCGUUUGAACAUAAAGAUCAUAAAUCUGCGAUCGGUGUUGUUAAUAAAUCAUUAGACGAAGGCAGUCCGAAUGAUCUUUACGCUGCAUUAAAAAACCCGAAGUUAGGACUGAAUAUGAACAUUGACAAGUUUGCGAUGCCAUUAUUAUUUGAAGAGAUGAGAUUAGAGAAAUGUGAAUUGGAAAGGAAUCUAAAUGAGAAUGAGAUCGCAGCUUCGGUGGCGUAUUUAUCAUCUAUUGCGUACAUAUCUCGCGCUGUUGAGAUGGGAGAUGAAGCUGCUGUAUGGAAUUCUCUUAAUUCUAAUCAGAUAAAUUUGGAAAAUUUAAGACCACAUUGUAGACGUCGGUACUUCGCAGCGUUGGUGACGGCGUUGCAAGUUAAAUUUAAAGAACAAUUUCAAUGCCCAUUAUUAACGCUUGACGAUAUUCGUGAUGCGAUUGAAAUGGUUAAUAUUAAGGAUGACGAUAAUGAAGAAUUGGUUGUUUUGAUAGACAGUAUCAAUAAAACUGUAUCAACAGAAGAUACGACGACGCUAAUAACAUUAUUAAAGAAUCCCGUAUUAAAACUGCCCGUGACUCUGCAUAAAGAAGAAUACCAUCUCUGCAUGCGGACAUUGAAAAAGAUUUUUCAUCAGAAAGAAUCUCAAAAUCUUUGGUAUGAUGAUAUUUUAAAUGCAGUAAACGAAGUUCACGCCGAAUCAGUAAAAGCUAAGGAGUUAACUGAAGCUUUAGUACAAUUGAAUAUGGCUUGUAUUAAAAAUAAUGUUAACGAAUUUUGGAAUAUUUUAACAUCGCCCAUACUUUCGGUUUCCGAAGUCAUUGAAGAAGAAUGUGUGGAUGCAUAUUUUCAUAAGUUUACUAAAGCUCUGUGGAAACGGCGGCAUUAUAUUUGUCCGUGGAUCGUUUGUCAUACUGAAGCAGGAAAUACUGUAUACAUAGACAUCGAGUCUUACAACUACAGUUGGAUAACUCCUAAAGAUUUCGUUCCUCAUCAUAGAUAUUUAACAAAGAAAGAUGUCAGCGUAAUUAUAGAGAAGACAAACAAACAGCAAUUAAAUUCGCAAUCAGAAGGACUGUCGGAGAAAAAACUGACGAAGUUUCAAGCUUAUUGUAGGGGGUACUUGGUGAGGCAGGCGACGAUAAAAGAGAAGUUAUACAGAGAUAGCGAGGACUCAAUCAUAAAGAUACAGGCAUGGUGGAGAAAAAUUCUAGCUCAGAAGAAAUACGGAACAUUAAUUAAAAUGAAAACGAUAGAAGCCAAAUUGAGACAGGAGAAGAAACGUAACCCGUGGGUAUGGUAUAAGGCGCAAGAGCAUAAAAUAAUUAGAAUACAAGCUAUAUGGCGUGGUCGUCGUGCUCGACGAGCCUUUGUGUCUCUGUUCCAUUCACCAAACCCGCCGCUAAAAGUUGUAAAGAAAUUCAUACCGAUAUUAGAUUUUGCAACAGAGGAUUACGACAGAGAAAUCGAAUUGCAAACUUUAAAAUCUGAAGUAGUACAAUCGAUAAGGAAAAACCAGGAACUUUCGAAGCAAAUAGACGAUAUGGAUUUAAAAAUCGGUUUGCUCGUACAGAAUCGUAUCGCUUUACAGGAGGUGGCGGCUCACGGCUUGAAGUUGAACAAUUUGGUUAAAAAUAAUUCAACUACGAAACUAGUGUUUCAUAAUCGGGAAGGAAAAGGAUCUUUGAUGACGAUAUCGACGGCGGUAAAAGGGUUAAAAUCUCUCACCAAAGAGAGUAAAAGACUCCUAGAUGGAUAUCAACAUUUAUUUUAUGAGCUUCAAACGAAUCCGACGUAUUUGUCUAAACUGUUAUUUUGUAUACCACAAAAUAAGACUAAUUUCUUUCUCCAGAAUGUGGUUUUGAGUCUUUACAAUUUCGGUGCGUAUGCGAGGGACGAAUAUUUGUUACUGAAACUGUUUCGAUUUACUUUAGAAGAGGAGAUAAGUUGUAAAGUGUCGAAGCCAUUUGACAUAAUAGCUUCUACGCCGCUGGUCCUGAAGAUGGCAGUGAGCCUGUCGCGGCAGCUGUCGGGCCUCAACAGUCUGCAGACCAUCAUUGGCCCUCUCGUCGAAAUGAUGCUCAAAGAUAAAGAUUUAAACAUUGAAACUGGUCCUGUUGAAAUUUAUAAAACCUGGAGAAAUGAAACUGAAAUGAAGACAGGACAGAUUUCGAAACUGCCAUAUACAGUAACUCAAGAAGAAGCCUUAAAUUAUCCAGAAGUUAAAUCGAGACUUCAAGUCGCGUUGACUCAAUUGAAAACUGUCGUAACCAUGUUUUUGGAUAAAAUUAUAAGUUCAACGGAACUUUUACCAUUCUGUAUAACUUAUAUGUCGCGGGUGCUACAUCGCUCGUUGACAUCCAAGUUUCCACAUACACCGGAAAAAGAUAUUCUUAAAGUAAUUGGCAAUCUAGUUUACUACCAGUUUCUGAACGCGGCGAUCGUAGCGCCGGAUGCCUUUCAUAUCAUCAACUUGCCGAACGGCGCCGGACUCACCACCGACCAAAGGAAAAACCUCGCCUCCGUCGCGAAGAUACUACAUUUCUCUGCAGCGAAAAAGGGCUUCGGCGAGGAGUCGCGUCACCUGCGCUGCCUGAACCCGUUCAUAGUGGAGUGCCACGAGCGGAUGAAGCAGCUGUUCCGGCGCUGCUGCCGCGGCCGCACGCUGGAGGACCACUUCGCCGUCGACGAGUACACGGAGGCCACGCUGCUGCACCGCCCGCACAUUUACAUCACGGUGCAGGAAAUAGUAGACACACACGCUCUUCUGGUGGAAUAUCAAGAUAUCUUAGCUCCUGAUCCGAAUGAUCGCCUAAACGACUUGCUGGAGGAGCUCGGGGAUGUGCCUUCAGUGGCGCAACUUGCCUCGAGAGAUGUUGACUCUCAAGCUGCGGAUGUGGAGGAGAAUGCAAGGUUAGAAGUAUGUCUGGCGCUGGUCAAUAAGUUCCAAGCGCCCGCCGACGAUAUGACGGACCUCAACAAGUUGUUCAUCAAGACUAAAGAGUUAUGCGUCGCUAUUAUUCCCUUUCUUAAUGGUGAACAUCUCCUAGAAGCGCUUUGCAUUGGUACGACGCGGGAACAACAAGACUCAUACAACGAGAAGGUGCAAAAACGCAUCUAUUCCGGUCAAGCUCGGCCUGAUGAGGCGAUGUCUCUACGCGAACAUAUCGCCAAGCUGCGACGGAAUCUGCAAAUGCUAGAAGACGAGGGUUACGUGAGUAGAGAAGAUGGCUACCAGGCUCUGGUGACGUCCAUCGCGCUGGACCUCUGCAACAAGGGCAGGUACCGGCAGGCGCAGCGCCGCGCUCUCGCCACACUCACGCGCACCAGAGAAAGUCUCAUUGAAAAAACUAAAUACUACGAAGAUAAAUGUAAAUCAUACGAUCAGUACAUCAAAUCUUGUCUAGCUAAUCUACAUACGGGCAAAAAGAGUGUGCACGCAUGUUUAAGAAGAUCCGGUAAGGAUAUUCAGAAGUUGAAGUCAAAAUUGACUGUAAAAUAUACUGGUGCUAAAUUACUGGAAAGAGGUGUUUUGCUUGAAAUUGACGGAUUGUCAAAAUCACAAUUCAAAAAUGUUCAGUUUGACAUCACGCCGACUGAUCAUUACGGUGUAUUUACUGUAAAAGGGAAGUUUAUGGGCGUGGAAAUGGAGUCUAUAGAUAUUGACAUACAAGAUCUAUUACAGAAACAGUACGAAGGCUGCGCUGUAAUGGAUUUGUUCGGUAAAGCUAAAAUUAAUGUAAAUUUACUAAUAUUUUUAUUGAAUAGUAAGUUCUAUGGUAAGUCUAAGUCGUAGUUUAGUGAUUUCAUAUGGACCUGAAUUCGGCAAACCUUUAACAUGUAUGCAUAUACCAAAAUUACAAUUUCAUCACAUGAAGUAUUGCUAACCAAAUAUUUAUUUAUAUUUACACCAAUGUACCAUUUUUAAUUUUAAUUGUUAUCUAUGUAAUUUUUCGUCUCUCUAUCAUUUUAUUAAAUUGUGAUU